CUUUUACAGGCGGACGCCGCCCAUCCGGCCACACACGCUCGCGCCAUCAUCUCCAGCUCCCCCGCCUGCUCCACGCAGGAUUCGCCACCACCACCUCACUCCUGACGGGGGAGCUAGAGGAAAAAAAAUCUCCCCUGCUUUCUUCGCCGCCAAGCAAAAGUCCCUCGCCUGGCGGUGAGGCCUCCUCUGCACUUUCCUCUCCACCCCCAGAAUUCCAGAUAUUUCUGGCAUGUGCCCGCACCGCCUUGACUCAUGGGGCCCGCCUGCCGGAGCCCCCGCCAAGUGCCGACGUCCGUCCCGAGCCCGUGAACGGUCAAAAGCGGCGCCGCGCGGCUCUGCAACGCCAACGCGGGGCGCCCGUCGCCCUCAACAGUAUGUCGGUUUCACCCCAACCGAAGCCUAUAAAUCCUCGCGCCGCCCUCGCCCCGCACCGCUGCCCAUUCCCCGCUCCCCGCUCCCCGCCUCGCGGCCACCGCCGCCGCCGCCCGCCGCAUGGACCACGCGAACAACAACAACCCCGCCACAUCCUCCAUGGACGCCGCGCUGCUGCUGCUGGAGCCCAAGCUCGAGAUGGAACCGCCGCUGCACCUGCCGCCGCCUCCGACGGCGAACCACCACCACCACCUGAUCCCGCCGCCGCCGUUGGCGGUGCCGUCCGAACCGCCGCGUCCCCUGGAGGCGCUGCUGCAGGGCCCGCAGCUGCCGCCGUUUCUGUCCAAGACCUACGACCUGGUGAGCGAGCCGCUGCUGGACGGGGUCAUCUCCUGGGGCCACGCCGGCAACAGCUUCGUGGUGUGGGAUCCCUCCACCUUCGCGCGCGACGUGCUCCCGCACAACUUCAAGCACAACAACUUCUCCAGCUUCGUCAGGCAGCUCAACACCUAUGGCUUUCGCAAGGUUCAUGCUGAUAGAUGGGAGUUUGCGCAUGAGGGAUUUCUGCGGAAUAACAAACAUUUGUUGAAGACAAUUGUCCGGCGCCGGUCCUCUCCGACACAGCAAAGCAGCCUUCAGUCGGCUUCAUCUAUUUUCCGGAAGGCACAGCCUUGCUCUUCAGGUGAACCCACUGUGGACCCUGAGCUCCACAUACUGAAAAGAGAGAAGAAGGCACUGCUGCAGGAGGUGGCCAGGCUGAAGCAGGAGCACCGUCAGACGAUUGCACAUAUGAGCACGCUGAAUCAGAGGCUGGAAUCAGCGGAGGACCGGCAGAAGCAGGUGGUCUCGUUCUUGGCCAAGCUCCUCCGGAACCCGGCUUUCCUGAGGCAACUCACCAUGCUCAGAGAGCAUAAGGAGAUCGAGUCCAGCAGAGUGAAGAGGAAGUUUCUGAAGCAUGCACCACAUGGUAGCACAGACUCAGGUGAGUCCAGCUCUCCGCAUACCGGAGAGAGCGGUUCUGAGAUCCCUGCAUCUUCCCCUGCACCUCCAUGCGCUCACGACGCCAUUGCAGACCUUCAGAGUUUUCUUCUGGAAGACACGGACCUCAGCGAUGGCAUGCUGCCGGGCAACUUCGGGCUGGACGGGGUCGAAGCGCCAGGGGACGUUGGGGCUUUGGUUCAGGCAUUCAACACGCAGCAAGAUGGACUUGAUUUCGGGACCGGAGCCGAGCUACUGGGAACAGCUUCUGGUGCUGCUCAUUGCCAAGACCCAACCAUUGGCAGGUCGAAGGGAAAGAAUGUGCUGUGUCCAGGACUGGAUGGUGCUACAUCUUCUGAAGCCGAGUGCCUCGUAUCGUUGCCGGACAACAUGGGGAUGAUUCCAGGCACCGUGCUUGAAACAGCAGGCAAGCUGAUGGAUGCAGAUGAUGAGCAGAUUUGGGGCGUGGAUCCUUACUUACAGAGUUCUUGCUGUGAUACUCGUCAACAAGCGUAUGGAAGCGGUGCCAGUGAUCCCUACCUGAUGGAGAUUGCCAACAAGCCUGAGAAAUUCUGGGAGCUAGAUUUCGAGGAUCUGGAUGACGGAGAUCUGCACCUGGACAAGUGUGUUAUUGGCGACCCUGCUCUCCAGCAACAGAGAGGAAACAUGAAGCCGUAGAUCAGUUGCGUUGCCGGAGGAAAAUAGGUCUGAUGCUUUAUCCACCUAUCUUUACAGUUAUCGUUAGGUAUGAAAAAUGCCGUGGUUAUUUGAUAUUUAGGAGUUUAGCGGACUCCUAGAUAUGCUCACUAUGGCAUUAAGUAGUGGUAGUACUAGCAGUGUGUUUUUGUUUUCCAUCCAUUCACCCUACUGUUUUUGGAUGGAAAAUAUUAUCAUGUAAUUUGCUUGGAGCAGGCUUGGUGACUGCUCCGGCCUAUUUCCCACCGAUCGUUGUAUCAUCUCCUUGUUUUUGGGCAAAAUUUGUCUUCAAAUGAGCAAUGGAAUCCAACACCCUUUUUCCGUUGGUCA